AAACACCCCCUCCUCAUCUUGUUGAAACAAAAAAAAUGGCGGACGGGCGCUAAAUCUACGUUUGAAAAACAUUCCCACGUUACAGCACAAGGGAGCGGGGUCGCUUUAAUUCGGACGCCAUCCCCCUUGGCGGAGGAAAAAGGCGCCCUUCUGUUGAAAAGGGGGAAGCGAAACGCUGCCCAGCGGCUAUGAAGUUCUAAGUGGAGAACACUGUUGUGUUGUUAGCCGGUCUGAAUUGUUGGAGCAUGAGGAAACCCGUGCCACAAAAAGCUAUAGAAUGGAAAGACGCCCGAAUUAUCAAGCAUGCUCGGAGUGGACGGCCCUCCCGGGUGCCCUCGCAGUAUCAAGCAGGGCACUUCAGCUGGGAGAAGUACUUGAAAGAGACGGGUGCUACGGCUGCUCCUUCCUCUUGUUUCAAACAGAGUCUGACGCCUCCACUUAACGAGUUCAAAGUGGGCAUGAAGCUGGAGGCCCAGGAUCCGAGGAACACCACGUCCACCUGCAUCGCCACGGUGGUCGGCCUGACGGGCUCGCGGCUGCGGCUGCGCCUGGACGGGUCGGACAAUAAGAACGACUUUUGGCGCCUGGUGGAUUCCUCUGAGAUCCAGCCCAUCGGCAGCUGUGAAAAGAACGGAGGCAUGCUACAGCCCCCGCUUGGUUUCCGUCUCAAUGCGUCUUCCUGGCCCAUGUUUCUGCUGAAAACACUAAAUGGUGCUGAAAUGGCUCCCUCUCGCAUUUUUCACAAGCAGGAGCCGCCCGCUCCGGAGCAAAACUCUUUUCAGGUGGGAAUGAAGCUGGAGGCGGUGGAUCGGAAAAAUCCCCACUUCAUCUGCCCAGCGACAGUGGGUGCGCUGCGUGGAGUCGAGGUGCUGGUCACCUUCGACGGAUGGCGCGGAGCCUUCGAUUACUACUGCCGCUACGACUCGCGGGACAUAUUCCCGGUCGGCUGGUGCACCCUCACCGGAGACAACCUCCAGCCGCCUGGCGCCAAAGUGUCUGCCUAUUCAGCUGUGCUGCCAAAGAGCCUCGGGACGCUGACGGAGGGCUGUGGGGAAACCCCGGCGAUGAAUCCCACCCCGGCAGUGGGCAGACCUCCGGGUCAGAGGGGUCGCAAGCCCGGCCGCAGGAAAACAAAGAUGACCGGAUCCUGGGGCCAAAAACCUUCUGCGUUGGUAUCACAGGGCAUCCAGCCAGGGAAGGAUUUGGAGCCCAUCAAGAUCCCUAAGAAACGAGGACCCAAGCCUGGCAGCAAGCUGGGGUGGGGAAAGAGAGACGGCUGGUUCGAGGACGCCCUGACCGGCCCGGGACGGCCAGUGUCUGGACCUGGGAGAACCAGAGGCAGACUUCCUCCCAGUUGGACCCAGCAGAUCGCUCUGCAGCAGGCUCAGGCAGAACCAAUCAAGAUCCCAAAGAAAAGAGGGCCUAAGCCUGGCAGCAAGAGAAAACCUCGAGUGCUACCUAAUCCAGUCCCGACGUCUCCUACCAGCAGCACUCCAGAGCCGGACACCAGCACUGUACCUCAAGAUAACGCUACCAUCCCCAACUCAGCACUUCAGGCUCCCACAGUUUGUGUGUACCUAAAUAAGUACGGGAAGGUGGGACCCCACCUGGACCAGCGGCGCAUCCAGCAGCUCCCGGACCACUUUGGUCCGGGUCGAGCCUCCUCGGUACUGCAGCAGUGUGUUCAGGCCUGCGUGGACUCUGCCCACAACCAGGCUACAGUCUUCUCCUGCCUCAAGUCGGGACAAGGAGGCGAAGUCAUUUCAGCCUUCUUCGACCAGCAGCAGCACACUCUGACCCUCCCCACUGUCAGUAGUGUCACGUACGUCCUCCGUUUCCUGGAAAAACUCUGUCACAACCUCCACUGCGAUGCUCUGUUCGGCAGCCAGCCCGUGGCCAGAGGAAGCGUCCACUAUGACAGCGUCUCCUACGCUGCAGACAGGAGAGGUUUUGCAGACGCCCUGACCACUUGCCCAGGCAAAGGCACAAAGCGCUUCCCUCAGGACUUCAGUGGUCCUCUAUCUCCGAAACUACCUAAACUCUCCAGACACUCCACUGACGGUGAGAACAGUGUUUCUGCAUCGGAGCACUUAAAAAAAAUCCCAUUGUCCCCGAACUCUCCGGGACUGACAACUGGCCACAGGUCUUCCUCCAAACUGCUGCAUCAUAACAGCUCAGCAGGUUCAGGCAGUUUCCGGGAGAGCCCCAGGCCCAGUGGUCAGGAUCCAAAUCUUUGGACUGUCGAGGAAGUUAUGCAAUAUAUUCGUGAUAUUGACCCAGUUCUGGCUCCGCAUGCUGACCUUUUCAGAAAACAUGAGAUUGACGGUAAAGCCCUUCUGUUGCUGCGAAGCGACGUAAUGAUGAAAUACAUGGGUCUAAAGCUUGGGCCCGCUCUCAAACUCACCUUCCACAUCGACAAGCUUAAACGAGCUUAAAGAAGCUAUAGAGCAGCUGCAGCCUUCAAAAGGGCUCUCCCCUUACCCCAUCUCCUGUUUCUAGUGUCGGUAUACCAUGCACUUCACAAAGGACAUAUACUGACCACUUACAUGUAGCAAUUUUCAUCUGACCAUCAUAUAUCUGGUCUUCGUGUCCUCCUUUUUCCUCAUCGGAUGAGGAAUGUUUAUUUUGUGUCGCACAAUCCAGCUAAAAGGCAGCACGGGAUAUGUACAGUCGUUGGGUGAAAAAUCCAUUUCUGUCAAUAUAGUCCAGGAAAAUCUAAGUCCAACCCUUGAUUUAGUUGUUUGUAGAGCCACAGUUGGUAUUAUGUGGUUUUCUUUAUAUGCUAUUUUUAGUUUUUAACCUAACAUUGUGCCAUGCACGAUUGCCAAACACCUACACUUUAGCCACAUCUGUUCAAAGCCUCAGAUGUUGUGCUGCAAAUUUCUUUUUUUUUAAAGAGCAGAAGCAUUUGUGUGGCAAUCCUUCCAGAUAAGCUGUGUGUAUUUAAUGUUUUUGUCUUGACUUAAACAAUCAGCGUGCUAACUAAGGUGAACAUGAUUUUCACUUUAAAAGGCUGAGAUUCAGAUUGUUUGGACAUAUCCUUAUAACCCGUACGAGCUUCAUGGGCAACCACAACAGUUCCUCUUUAGCAGGGGACACCAACAUGGUGCCCAUGGGCACCAAGUAGCCCCCGAGGACCACAUGUGGUGCCAACGAACCUGUUCUUAAAAAAACAAAAACCUUGCUCUAAAGUCAUCGCUAAUAUCUUUUCCACCUUGGAUUUGUUGUAAUCCACACUGAUGAUGAAUAGAUAUUAAAGUGCAUUUGAUUCUAAGUUUUCCCUCUUGAAUGCUAUGGAAGCUGGAAGGGUGUACUUGAUUUUUUUUGUUUUUCCAGUGUCUGUAUUGACAGUCAAGGAAACUCACAUUUACGUCUCAAUUCUUUUAUCAUUUCAGUCUCACUUGAAAACUGCUGUGGCUAUUUUUUUAAAGUUAAAGGGCUUUUCAGCCUGUUUUCAUAAUGUUACACGUAAUCUGUACAUUUUCAUAUUUUGUACUUCUAUAAUGUAUUUUUCAAUAUUAAGUGUUGGGUUAAGUGAAAAAUCAAGAAACCCCUAAAACGAGUAGAAAACACUACAUGCAUCCCAAUAAUUGGGAAUUUUUCUAUUGGUCUCAGUUUGAGGCACAACUUUUGCAUCUACAAGAUGAAUCUUGUUUUGAGGGGGGUGUUAUCAUUUUAUGAAAGAACGAUUAACUUUUAUUCCAGAAUUGCAGUUUUAUUCUCUUUUCUACAUGUUGUUUAUGAUGCUGUGUUAUUUGUACUUUUUUUAAAAAUUUUAUACUUCAUUCGUGCUCCUACGGAAAGAGCCCCAUCUUACUCGGCAUGUUAAUAAAUUCAUAUUUCAGCUGUUUGUUUUCUGUUUGCGCUGCAAUGUCUACACGGUAUGUACGGUAGUUGUUUUGUUUAUACUCUUGUGUUAAGUUUGUUGUCUCAAAAAAAUGUUCAGUUAUUUAAAUUAAAAUAUAUGCUCACGAUGA